ACAGUCGAGCCGUCGUCCGUCGUCCCGUGUUCGGUUUAUGUUGUGGUGUCUGGUGCCCAAGAAUGUGAUGUGUUCCACGGUGCUAUCCUAGCCCAGCGUUGUGGCCGUGUCGUCCAGCGAACCGCCGGUGAUCGUGCGUGCCCGUUGACGUGUGUUGCGCGCUCGUGUGUGCGCGAUUGUGCCAUGUCGGGCUGUGCCGGAUCCUGAGGAGCGAUGUUUCGCUGUAUCCCCCUGUUCCGCGGCUGCAAUCGCCAAGUCGAGUACAUUGACAAGCGGCACAGCAACCUUUUUAACGUGCCAGACGAUGUGCUCAGAUACACACGGACGUUAGAGGAAUUGCUCCUAGAUGCCAACCACAUCCGAGACCUGCCCCGGGGUCUUUUCCGCCUCACGAAGUUGCGCAGGUUGAGCGUGAACGACAAUGAAAUAUCCCUGCUCCCACCCGAAAUUUCCAGCUUGAUGAACCUGGUGGAUUUGGACGUGAGCAAAAAUGAUGUUCAAGAAAUUCCUGAAAACAUCAAGUACCUCAAGUCACUCCAAAGUGCAGAUUUUAGCAGCAAUCCUCUUUCCAAACUUCCGGCCGGGUUUGUGCAGCUGCGAAGUUUGACGGUGUUGGGCCUUAACGAUGUUUCCUUGACGCAACUGCCUCACGAUUUCGGAGGUCUCUCCAAUCUGAUGUCCUUGGAACUGAGGGAGAAUUAUCUCAAGGGCCUGCCUCUGUCCUUCGCCUUUUUGGUCAAGUUAGAACGGCUGGACCUUGGGAGCAAUGACUUUGAAGAACUGCCCGUGGUUAUUGGCCAGCUGUCCAGCUUACAGGAGCUCUGGCUUGACUCGAAUGAGCUGUCAACAUUGCCCAAGGAAAUCGGGCAGCUGAGGCGACUCAUGUGCCUGGAUGUGUCUGAAAACAAGCUGAGCUCUCUGCCGGACGAGCUGUGUGACUUGGAGUCCCUGACAGACCUCCACCUGUCCCAGAACUACCUGGAAGUGCUGCCGGAGGAAAUGGGUCGCCUGCGCAAGCUCACCAUCUUCAAGGUGGACCAGAACCGGCUGGGCAGCCUGCCAGCGUCCAUCGGGGACUGCGAGAGCCUGCAGGAGUUGAUUCUGACGGACAACCUGCUCACGGAACUUCCCGAGUCCGUGGGGCAGCUGGUGAACCUGACCAACCUGAACGCAGACUGCAACCAGCUGUCGGAGCUGCCCCCGCAGAUAGGGCAGCUGGCCAGGCUCGGGGUGCUUUCCCUGCGCGAGAACUGCCUGCAGAAGCUGCCACCGGAGACCGGCACGCUCAGGCGACUGCACGUGCUCGACGUGUCGGGCAACAGAUUGCAGCAUCUGCCUUUGACAGUGACUGCCUUGAACCUGAAGGCACUCUGGCUGGCUAAAAAUCAGUCUCAGCCGAUGCUCAAGUUCCAGACGGACCUGGACGAGACGACGGGCGACAAGGUGCUCACGUGCUUCCUGCUUCCACAACAGGACGACCACACGGAGAGCAUGGAGAACCUGCUGCGUGACAGCACGGAGCAGGACAGCCGACUCAGCUGGGACCAAAAGGUGGAGAACCGUUCAUCGGCCGUCAAGUUCGUGGAGGAAGCUGUGGAGGAGAAGCCGGACCUCGAGACUCAGUUCGUCCGACACGACACUCCACACCCGAGGGAGCUGAAGGCACGGCACCAGAAGUUUGUGCAAAAGGCCAAGAACAUCGACGGCCACGUGGCAUCUCACAUGGACGAGGACGGCGAGGCGGUCGGCUUUCGACCGCAUCGGUCGAGCACGGGAUCGGUGCAGUCGACGUCCUCCACCGAGACGGCUCCGUGCCAGACCAGAGAUGGAGACCAACACCGUCCCCGGAGCGUGAGUGACGCGGAGACGGAUGGAACGGCGGCGGUUACGGAGGACGAGGAUCUGCGGCAGCAGGAAGAGGAGCACGUUGGGAACGCCCGGAAUGGCGGUGUGGCUACUGGCCGGACCGGCAGCAGUUCGGAGUCCUCUAGUGACGAAGAAGGGGAGAAGAAGGGGGACGACAAGCACGUAGGUUUCACUCACGACGGCAGCGAGGACUCGGCAGACCGCCACAACCGCCUGCAUCGGCGCGACACCCCGCAUCACCUCAAGAACAAGCGGGUCCAUGUGACGAGCUGUCGGGAGGACCAGGAGAAGGUGGCCUCAAUUCUGAUGCAAGCAAUGCGUCAACCUGAGGAUGAGGAGCCCCUGCCCCCUCCACCCCCCUCCCCCCCUCGGGACCGGCUGGGGCAUAGCGCAGAAUACGAGCUGGACGGUGCCGGCGCUUCCUCUGCGGACGGAUCGGCGUCUGCGGAAAUGGUGGAGGAGCGGAUCAAGAUAGUCGUGGAACGGAACUCCAUGGGGCUCGGGCUGAGCGUGGCGGGCGGAAAGAACUCGACUCCUUUCAAAGGGGACGACGAGGGCAUCUUCAUCUCGAAAGUGACGGAAGGAGGACCCGCGGAGCGGUCGGGACUAAGGGUCGGCGACAAGAUUCUCUCGGUGAACAGCUUGUCGGUGAUUGACAUCGAUCAUUACGAAGCUGUGAAUGCACUGAAGGCGGCUGGAAACCGGCUAACCAUGGUGAUUGCACGGGAGACGCAGAGGCCUCCCUCCUCCCUGGCGAACCAGGUUCCCCCGGUCAAGUCCCCGCUGCAGCAGGCGCUCUCGGAGCCCUUGGGGGCGGCUGCCGCUCCGGGUCCGAGGGGGGACGGCAGGGACGCCCCCGCCAGGCAGGGGGGUCCCAAGCACAGGCCCCCUCCCGUGGGGGGACCCCAGGGACUCUGCGUGCCCCCGCUCCCGUCGGAGGGGGAUCAGCGUUCGCUGCCAGCCACUCCCGAACCCCGAACCCCCGAGCCUGACUUCGAGACCAAGCGAGACAUCAUCUAUACAACUCUGAUUCGGGACCACAACGGGCUUGGGUUCAGCAUCGCGGGCGGCAAGGGAGGAACACCUUACAAGGAUGGCAGUCAGGGUAUUUACAUCUCACGGGUGGCAGAAGGCGGGGCAGCGGCACGCGACGGCAAGCUCCGCGUGGGCGACCGGGUCCUCUCCAUCAACGGCAUCGACAUGGACGGUGUGCGCCACGACCAGGCGGUGGCCAUGCUCACGGGGCUGGAGCGCUUUGUGCGGCUCGUCGUGCAGCGCGAAGAAGUGGUGCUUCGGGACCCCUCGGCGGCAACCGCCGGGAGGACCAGCGCAUCUUCCCCGCCGGGCACGGCAGCGCCGGCGACCUCGCGCCCCCUCGGCGGGAGCCUCUAUUCGUCGUCUUCGUACAUGGCCAACCGGCCGUCCUACCUGGGAGGGUACCGGCGUCCUGGCGUCAGCCCCAGCGCUGCAUCCACAGGCGCGGAGGAGGCUACAGCGGACAGGCGUUCUGCUGGGGCUACGCCGACGUACUCCAUCUACACGAAGCUGCCAGGCCUGCGCAACGACACGACGACAGUGGGCUCGGCGCAGCAGACAUCGGCCCACCCGGGCCUCCCGCACCAGCCCUACUCGUUCCCCAGCGCCCGCAGGGACCCCCCUCUGCCCAACGUGGCCACGAGCGACCUCCCCACAGAGCCCAUCUACGCCAACAGCGGCGACCACGUGAACGCGGCCUCCAACGUGGGCACCUUCUCUUCCUUCCGUCCGGCACGCACCAUGCCUCCCGGCGUGCACGCGAUGGGCAACGGCUAUCCCCCGUCGGCGGGUAACGUUGAGGUGCCCGUCGUGCCUAACCCCUCGUCAUCGCCGACGUCUCAGCGGCUGAAGGGCCCGCUGGUGACGGUAACCAUUCAGCAGCCGAACCCGUAUGCACCCCUGGCGGCCGAGUUCCCGGCGGCUCCCAAGACCCUGGGGCGGACGACGGAGGUGAUCACGAGGACCACGCUCACCGAGACCACCACCACUAGGGUGACCAACAAUGUGCUUUCCCUCACCCCCGGCUCGGAAGAGGACGUGGUGCUUGUGAAGGCUGGCGGUCCCCUGGGGCUGAGCAUCAUUGGUGGCACCGACCACCCGUGCCACCCGUUUGGCGCCGAUGAGCCAGGCGUCUUCAUUUCCAAGAUUGUCCCGGAUGGAGCGGCGGGCCACUGCGCACGGCUCAGGGUUGGCGACCGUCUGCUCAAGGUGAACGGCGUGGACGUGACCAAGGUCAGCCACCAGGAGGCAGUGCUGGCGCUGCUCGACCCCUCAUACCAGGUGGUACUGACCGUCCGCCACGACCCCCUUCCCGUCGGCUGGCAGGAACUGGUAAUCCAGCGUGAGCCGGGUGAAAAGCUCGGCAUGAACAUCAAGGGGGGCAUCCAGGGACACUCAGGAAAUCCCAGUGAUCCCUCCGACGAAAGCAUCUUCAUCUCUAAGAUCAAUUCCAGCGGUGCUGCAUCGCGAGAUGGUAGGCUGAGGCCAGGCAUGCGGAUUGUUGAGGUGAACGGGCGGUCGCUACUGGGCACCACUCACCAGGAGGCCGUGAACAUCCUGCGCACCGCAGGUGACACAAUCCACCUUGUGCUUUGCGACGGUUACAAUGCUUCAAGUUCGCCCAAUGAGUCGCCCCAAGGGACGUCGCUCAAAGCGGCUGCCUCGGUGUCUUCGAUUGACCACGAAGACGAGGUCACUCUUGCUCUGAGAGAGGAACAGACUGCACUCAAGGAAACUGCGCAGUGGGAGAAAGAGGAUCGGGAUAUUAUUGAGAAAAUGAAGAAGGAGAGGGACGCCGAUUCGCACAGCUUGCACAGUCUUGCCUCGAGCUCGUCACAGCACUCUGGGAAGGCGCUGGCCACCCUGUCUGUCGACGGAAAGACGGUAGCUCUGCCGAGUGACUGCAAGUCGGUGGAGCAGCGCGUCAUGGAGGUGGUGCGGGCGGCCGAGCAACUCGUGAGUCCCGCGCUGGCCGCGGCCGCGCCGCCCGCGACCACUCCGCCAGCCUCCGCAACCCUGCCGGCAGCAGAGCAGAAGACCACCACGGUCAUCAUGACCAAGAAGUCCGUGAGCCACCCGCCAUCGUCGGCAGCGGCCACGCUGACGAAGAAUGGGCAGCGGCCCUCUGCCUUUCCUUGGGACCCUCUUCCUCCCCCUCCGUCUCCCCCCUCCCCCCUGCUGGAAAACUGCCGCGUCGGAGCGGAGUCGGAAGACGGUGCUCGUCGUGCGGUGCGGCCCUCCAAAGCUAACGUCGCUCCUAAGCCCGUACCCCCUCCCAAGCCCCGAAAGCUGCAGGGCACAGUGACCGAUCCCGAGUGCCUGACGUUCAUCGAGAAGAAGCACCACUUUGAGAGCAUGCAACAGCCCCAGGGGGCACCUGUAGAGACCACGCGCUUCCCAUUCCCUUCCGAGAGUGAGGUGCUGCAGCGGACAAAGGAGCAAGUCAAGCGGGAUUGGCUGAACCAAGGGGAGAGCUGCGAGGACGGCGACGAAGAAACGGAAGCGGACGAAGAUGUGGAGAUGCAGGCAGACGCCGUGGAUGCCGCAGACACUGUCUCCAGCGAGGUUCACGGUCCUGGCCACCCCGACUGGGUGCCUGUGCCUGCCGUGCGGACCGUCAAGGCUGAACGUCGGUUGCGGGAGCGGCAGCAACGGGAACUCGGGCCGGACGCGCCGGAAGAAGCGGACGAUGACGGUGUGACGGCUGGCUUGGCGAGCGCUCGGCAACGAGCGCUGGAGGCGGAGAAGAGGGCCGCAUGGCGUCAAGCAAGGAUGAAGUCGCUGGAGGAGGAUGCAGUUCAGGCCCAGGCCGUUUUGUCGCGGCUGACGGAGGGCGUCGAAGCGAGGCCCCUGUCGCCCGUCUUCAAGGCGGUCAACAUCAACAUAGACGACGAGGCACUGGAAGGGCCGGAGAGGGCGAGGAGGCAACAGGCCUUGGACGACGAGAACAGCAACAUCCUGGGCCGCCCGGAGGCCGAGUCGGACGAUGAGGGUGCCACUGACCAUCAGAUCGAAACGACGACGGAGAAGAUACUCUCGCUCGAGCUCCACGGCAGGCCGGGAGAUGGAACCAACGACAAUGCACGGUGGCCGGCUAGCACCGCAAACUCCCGGACUCGCUCGGGCGCAAGCUCUUACUGCUGAUGAGGGAACCACGGUGGCGACGGAGCUGUGGACCAGGA